GAUACUACACACGGCUUCAGUCAGAGGCAGCCGCGAUUCCGCGCUGUGCGCAUCAUACAUUCAUCUACGUACAUAUCCAAGCCUACGUGAUACUAUCCAUCCGCUUGUGCAUUUCGAUACAUGAUCGUGCCCGGCUUCGAACUUGCCUAGACUAAUUGCCGAACGAAAUUUGGGGCAAAGUGAUAUUCACCUAGUGACCACAAAUCACGAAAUUUACUCUCCUAAACAGUGAACACACAUGGUCCAGUGAUUCCUAUGAUGACGAGCGCCGCUACCACUCGACUAGCAACGAUCAGCACUUUAUUGUUCUUCUUUUUUACGGUUUUUCGAUAUGGUGAAGCAGUAAUAUGUUAUCAGUGUAACAGUGCGUACGAUCCAAGAUGCGGUGAUCCUUUCGAUCCUUACAGCUUAGGAACGGUCAAUUGCAGUUUUCAACCACGCUUGGAACAUCUAAGCCACAUUGAACCAAGUAUUUGCAGAAAAAUUAGCCAGAAAGUUUAUGGCAGAGAAAGAGUUGUCAGAGGAUGUGGAGUUUUAAGCGACGAGAGUAGCGACAAUAAAGCAUGUGUAAGAAGAACUGGAACUCACGAUGUGCAAGCAUUUUAUUGCGCUUGCACUGGAGAUCUCUGUAAUGGCGCUUAUUAUAAACUGCCAUCGUUUGUUGCAAUAGCAAUUCUUUUGUUUUUAUCAGCGGGGAAGAUGAUAUAUUAGCGAUAUAUUAGCCCAUGAAAAGAAGAGUAUGGUCACUUUCAUUCGCUGCUACCUUUCGAUGAAUCGAAGACUGAAUGGAUCUUUCGCCUAAAAAGUCUGAAAAGUUUGAAGGGUAAAUAGGCCUAUUAAGGUAUCAGCUCAUUAAAUGGAAUUUGGUGAUGAUGAAAGUGCAAAAGUAAUUGAAAAUGAAAGAGCAUGAGUGAAUAUGAGUAUAAAGGAAUAUUCGGAUUAAAAGUAGAAUUCAUACUUUAGAAAAUCCGCAAUUAAGGAAUUGAAAGAUUCAAAAUCAAGUGUUAAAAUGCUGUAGCCCGAAAUUGAAUUUAAUAGAUAUAUUUUCUCUUCAGUGAAAAUAAUAGAAUAAUCAAAUUAUUCUCCUAUAAUAUGUGUAACUUAAUUUCAUUAAAAAACAAAUAAAAUGAUGAUUAGCAUUCGUGUAGUAGCAAUCUAGGAAGACCUGGUUGAAAUUAGAAUAUUGAAAGAGCUGAAUUUUGUGCAGCAAAAAUAUAUUUGCGUUAGUCCAGAAAUUUCCAUGAUUAAAGUCAUGGGAUGGAAAGUUCAUUUGAUUUAUUUAUAGUAAUAUUUACGAAGAAAAUCUUGGACUUAGAUCUAAUACCUUGAUUUUGAAAAUGGAAAAUAGAAUUAUUUCAAUAAGAAAUAGAGCGCAGUAAUAAUAAGCGAGGCAGGAGGUGCCAUCAGCAGUUCCAUGAUGGACACGGAAAUAGUUUGUCAAUCUUUAUUAGUCCUAGCUAAUUCCAAAAUUUGUAACGACAUGCCCUUUAUUGUUCGUCCGAACUAAAAAUAACUAUAAAAAAGAGUCACGUAAUCACAUGAGCCUACCAAAAAAAAAUGCGAGGCAACUUUAGCAUACAGAAUAUUAAAGAAUAAAAAAAAUCAUUUAUGUCAGUACAAUAGAGUUUUGAAUAGAAGAUACUUAUCAAAUUUUAUUGAAAAGACGCUGCCUACGUUAGGACGCGCAUAGAAAUAAUUUAUUGUUAAGUAUAACAAAUAGAAGUUAUCAACUCCUAUAAUCGCUAAGCGAUAUGUGUUCACAUACUAUGAAUGAUAUAUUUAAAUAAAGAACGAAUAAAGAACGCGAAAAUUUUAGUUUCCUCAGCUGUGAAAUUAAGGUUUUUUAAAGUUUUUGACUAAGAAAUGUAAUUUUUCUUCUAAAAAAAGUUAAACUCUAUAAACUUUUUAUAACUUCAUCUAGAUUUUUGUUUUAUCAAACUAAAAUUGGAGAAAAACUACAAAAUUAUAAUAAGAGUAAAGUACUUCAAAUGUAAAUUCAGAGUUUUAAGUUUAAUCAUCAAUAACUAUUGUCUUUGUGGUACUAGGACAACUGUUCUCUCGAUUGCAAUUUUCUAUACAACCCUGGCGAACCGAAGAAAUCGAAAGGAGCCUCUAAAGAGUACCCUUAAAGAGCCAAUACUUUUUCUUGCAGUGUGAAAAACCUGAAAUAAUAACAUACCUCUAAUUUACAUGGAACGAAGGCGGCUUCAAGUGCAUCUUCUUUUAGUAGCAGUUAAUAUGAGUUCCGUCGGUAACUUUAAGAAUUGUGUCUGAAUGCUAGCGUCACUCAGUGGAAACUUCAUACAACAACGCUGCGACGCAAGUGAGAAAGAAUUUUAUUUUUAAACUUCGCGCGCAACAUACUACUUGAGCUACUAUAGGUGCGCUUAAAGUCACCUUCAGCAGAAGGUAA